ACUUUCCUGAAAGACACCUGCGGCAUGUUCUGUACAGCUUUUGCUAGCGUACCCCGCCUAUCGGCGAAAGGCAACAGCCUCAUUCCCCGCAGUGUCAAUUCGCCACUGAGAACACAACCAACAUGGCGGAGAGCGAAAUCCUGGAGUGUAUCACCGAACAUGAACGCAUCCUGCAAGAAAUUGAAAGCACAGACACUGCCUGCGUCGGUCCCACGCUUCGAUCUGUAUAUGAUGACCAACCCAAUGCACACAAGAGGUUUAUGGAGAAACUUGAUGUUCGCAUCCGUAACCAUGACCGGGAGAUUGAGAAAAUGUGCAAUUUUCACCAUCAGGGUUUUGUGGAUGCCAUCACAGAACUCUUGAAAGUGAGAGCUGAUGCAGAAAAGCUAAUGGUUCAAGUGACUGAUACCAAUCGAAGACUCCAGGAUGCUGGAAAAGAGGUGACAGCCCAAACUGAAGAGAUGAUCCGAUGCAGGGUGCAGCAGAGAAAUAUUGCAACAACUGUUGAAAAACUUCAGUUAUGUAUUCCUGUUCUAGAAAUGUACAGCAAACUGAAAGAACAGUUGGAUUCCAAAAGAUACUACGCUGCCUUGAAAACGAUGGAACAGCUUGAAAAUAUCUACAUUCCUCGAGUUAGCAAAUACAAGUUCUGUCAGAUUAUGGCUGAAACUCUUCCCAAACUGCGGGAGGAAAUCAAAGAAAUAUCCAUGUCUGACCUGAAAGAUUUCCUGGAAAGUAUCCGGAAGCACUCUGAUAAGAUAGGUGAAACGGCAAUGAAGCAGGCACAGCAACAUAGAACAUUUAACAGUGCUGUACAGAAGCAGGCCAGCAUGGGCUAUGGAAAGCCUCUCUACAGGCUGAAUGGCAAAGCAUCCAGUCCGCAGAAUGGAGUAGAUGAAGAGGAAGAACACGAUGACGAGGUGUUGACUGCCCAAGAUCUCGUGGAUUUCUCACCUGUGUUUAGAUGUCUUCAUAUUUAUACAGUUUUGAGUGACAGAGAAACAUUUGAAAACUAUUACAGAAAACAAAGAAGAAAACAAGCAAGAUUAGUCUUGCAACCGCAGUCAAGCAUGCAUGAAACUGUUGAAGGAUAUAGAAAAUAUUUUAACCAGAUUGUCGGGUUUUUUGUGGUGGAGGAUCACAUUUUGCAUGCAACCCAGGGGUUGGUAACCAGAGCAUACAUUGAUGAACUUUGGAACAUGGCACUUUACAAAAUAAUUGCUGUGCUGCGAACCCACUCGUCCUAUUGCUCUGAUCCUGAUCUUGUGCUGGAGCUGAAGAAUCUCAUUGUUAUAUUUGCAGAUACUCUUCAGGGCUACGGGUUUCCAGUGAACAGACUCUUUGACCUUCUUUUUGAAAUAAGGGAUCAAUAUAAUGAAACUCUCCUAAAGAAAUGGGCUGGUGUGUUCAGGGAAAUAUUUGAGUCAGACAACUAUAGCCCUAUUCCUGUAGAAAAUGAAGAAGAAUACAAAACAGUCAUCAGCAGAUUUCCAUUCCACGAUGCAGAGAUUGAAAAGCAACAAUUCCCAAAGAAACUGCCAAUGUCUCAGUCAGUGCCUCAGGUCUACAUUCAAGUGAAAGAGUUUAUUUAUGCGAGCCUUAAGUUUUCGGAGUCGCUUCAUCGCAGUUCAACUGAAAUAGAUGACAUGCUUCGGAAAUCCACAAAUCUUCUGUUGACCAGGACUUUAAGUAGCUGUUUGCAGAAUCUCAUUAAAAAGCCACAUAUAGGUUUAACAGAGCUUGUACAGAUCAUCAUAAACACAACACACCUGGAGCAAGCCUGUAAAUACCUGGAAGACUUUAUAACAAACAUCACAAACGUUUCCCCAGAAACCAUCCAAACUACAAGACUUUAUGGGCUUUCCACAUUCAAGGAUGCCAGGCAUGCUGCAGAAGGAGAGAUAUAUACUAAAUUGAACCAAAAGAUUGAUGAGUUCAUUCAGCUAGCUGACUAUGAGUGGACCAUGUCAGAGUCUGAUGGAAGAGCAAGUGGAUAUCUAAUGGAUCUCAUAAAUUUCCUUAGAAGCACAUUUCAAGUUUUCACGCACUUGCCUAGUAACAACAAUGACCAUGCAGCAAUGUCGGGGAAAGUAGCUCAAACGGCGUGCAUGUCGGCCUGUAAGCACCUGUCUACAUCCUUGACGCAGAUGCUGCUUGACAGUGGGUUGAAACAGAUAAGCAUGGGGGCUAUCCAGCAGUUCAACCUGGAUGUCAUACAGUGUGAAUUGUUUGCUAGCUCUGAGCCGGUGCCAGGAUUCCAAGGGGACACUCUGCAGUUAGCAUUCAUCGACCUCAGACAACUUCUUGAUCUGUUUAUGGUUUGGGAUUGGUCAACAUACCUGGCAGACUACGGACAGCCCACUUCCAAAUACCUCCGAGUGAAUCCUUCCACAGCUCUUGCACUGCUGGAAAAAAUGAAGGACACUAGUAAAAAGAACAUCAUUUUUUCCCAGUUCAGAAAAAAUGACCGUGACAAGCAGAAGUUAAUAGAGACAGUGGUGAAGCAGCUGAGGAGUUUAGUGAAUGUGAUGUCCCAACACACCUAGGCUGACAAUCUCUCUAAUAUUUAUAGUCCAAUUAUUUUCCAGCAUUUCAACCAGUAAUUAUUUUUGUUUUGUUUUGUUAAAAUGCUAUUGGAUAUAUUGUAAAUUAUUAUAACAAAGAACAUUUAAUGAAGACUGAAACAUGUCAGCAGUAAAAUGUUUUUUUUUUUUAUGUAUUUUUAAUGGCUGAGAAAUAUGUUUUGUAAAUUGUGAAUGUGCAAUGAUUGUAAUCACCAUGAAAAGGGUGAUUUUAAAGCAAACUGGGAAUGUAACUUCGGAAAGACUGACAGUGGAUAAUGACGUCACAAAGGAGACUGAUAUCUCAAUAAAUAUUUAUAAAAACACUCCA